CCUGCAUCAGUGUUCUAUUUUGUUGAUAAGGAGAUGAGAAACAUUAUUUCAGCUAGGAAGCAUAGGAAGCAAUUCCAAUCGCUCAUGGCCUCCUGGCUGAAAUAAUCAUUUAGGUGUUAAUGUUAUUAUCAAAUAUUGAUUCAUCUUGUUUUUUAUUUUUUUUUGGCAAGAUGAAACAAACUUAAGAUUUUGCUCUCGUAAAAUCUUCUUUUCAUUAUAAUGAUAUUUAUAAUUUUGAAAAAAAAUAUUAGUUUAAGAGAAGAAGAGCUUGCCAUGAUCUUCGAACCCUGUUUUGUUCAUUUAUGUGAAAGAUUUUAUGCUCUUUAAAACUUUGUCCCACGUGUACCAAAUGAUUCAAUAUUUAUUCUCUGUCUUAAUUUUUUUUUCCAGGAAUCAUAAUAUAACAAACGAAGCUAACUCAUGAAUGCUGGUUUGAUCACUCUUUUCUGAUUUAACAUCCAAUAACGUUAUACAUGCAAACUCUACAAAAUAAUCGUUUCAUCUGUUUAUUCAUUAAUUGUAAUUGUUAUCUGAUGUUCGUUUAAGAUGGAGUGAAUCGCACGUAGUUGACUUUUACUAGUCUUAUAUUAUUGAUUAUCUGAGAUUCGACCGAUUCAAAAUCACAUGGAUCUUAACCUUCUGUAUCGUAUCUUAUAUUAUCUGCCAGAACUUAUGCAGAUAUCACUUAUGAUUAGUUAAUGUUGUAACUUUCCUAAUGCAAGUUUAGAUCACGAUGCAUAAAAUAUGUAGUCUAGUGUUGUGUGAUAAUGUAAUCACUGAGGUGCAAUACAAACUCAAUCUAGUACAUUGUUUUGACAAAAAAAUAAAUAAAUAAAAAAUAUACCUCUCCCAGGUAUAGAAGACAAUACAUACAAAUGAAAACAGUUAAAACUUCAUCCUCUUUUUCAAAACCCCGUUUGGUAUUUUACAUAGCAAAAUAAAGUUAUUCAAAGAUAAAUCGUAAGAAUGUGUCACGUUUUACCUAACUUCUUAAAUCUAUUUUUUAAUUCAAACUGUUCAUACUACAUAAAACAUAUGUAUCUCUAUUCUCUAACUAUUUUAUAUAAUAUAGUAAAGUAUUAUUUUAAUUUUUUUUUUGAAAUGACUAUAGAUUUUAGAUAAAAAAAACAUAUUAUAUUUUACUACAUUAGUUUGAAACGCAAAGAAAAUACUUAAUUAUAGAUAUAAUGAUAUAUGUAUAUACUUAAGACCGUUUUAUGUAAUGGUCAAACUUAAAAGAAUCAGUUAAAACAAAAAGAAAACAGUAAGUUUUAAUUUGUCUUGGACUACUGUAAUUCAAUUUAUGCUUGCAAAACAGUUGUUAAAACUUAAAAGAUGUAAAUAAUAAAUUUCGUGGGCGUUACUUCUUGUUGCAACAAUGCACCUAGCGUUUGUCUUAAAUCUGAACACAAAACUAUUAAACUAAACAAAUACUUAUUGUUGUACCGAAAACACCCUUGUCUCUCUAAUCCGCAUCAUAUAAAAUUACUUGUGUCUCUUCAAUAGCUCUCCACAAAAACCAAAUCAAAGCUACAGAAAUAACAUCAAGAUAAAUGGCUCACACUCUCGAUCUCGAAAGCAUUGUUGAAGCAUUCUCAGGAAAAAAUGUAGGAAUGGGAGUUGAUGAGAAGGCAUUGAUAAGUACACUGGGGAAUUCACACAAGGAUCAUCGAAAGUUGUUUAGGAAAGCAAGCAAAAGUUUCUUUGUGGAAGAUGAAGAAAGAGCUUUUGAGAAGUGCCAUGAUCAAUUUGUCAAACAUCUCAAGCUUGAGUUCUCUCGCUUCAAUAAUGCGGUGGUCAUGUGGUCGAUGCAUCCAUGGGAGAGAGACGCGAGGGUGGUGAAGAAAGCACUAAAGAAAGGAGAUGAAUGUUACAGCCUCAUCGUGGAGGUGGCAUGCACUCGCUCCUCUGAGGAUCUCCUAGGCGCACGCAAAGCUUAUCACUCACUCUUCGACCAGUCAAUGGAAGAAGACAUUGCCUCUAACAUCCACGGCUCUCGCCGCAAGCUGCUUGUAGGCCUCGUGAGUGCUUACAGAUACGAAGGGAACAAGGUGAAGGAUGAUUCAGCCAAAUCUGACGCUAAGAUUCUGGCCGAGGCGGUGGCUUCUCCUGGAGAGAAAGCUAUAGAGAAUGAUGAGGUUGUUAGGAUUCUGAGCACAAGAAGCAAACUUCAUCUCCAACAACUCUACAAACACUUUAACCAAAUCAAAGGCUCUGAUCUUCUUGUGGGUGUAUCUGACUCUUCACUCCUCAAUGAUGCAUUGCUUUGUUUGCUCAAACCCUCUGUGUACUUCAGCAAGAUUUUGAAUGCGUCUUUGAACAAAGAUGCGGACAAGGGUACCAAGAAAUGGUUGACAAGAGUGUUCGUUACGAGAGCGGAUCAUAGUGAUGAGAUGAAGGAUAUCGCAGAAGAGUACAAUCAGCGCUACGGUGAGACCUUAGCCCAAAAUAUUCAAGAGAAGAUUAGAGGAAACUACAGAGAUUUCUUGCUGACACUGCUAUCCAAAUCGAACUGAUCUCGGUCGAGAAAGUAUUCUCAAGACUUUUUGUUACUAAUCUUGUGAUUUCCUUUUGGUUUUGUGUUUCUAUUCCAACAUUUACGUUUUCUAUACCCUUUUGAUUUGAUAAUAAAGAGUUCUUGUCGUUGGUGGCAUGAUUCAGUGAGAGAAGAAGAGUGUGUUCAUGUUAAACUCAGUUUUCAUGUCUUAUGUUCACAUUUCCAAUAUAUGAAAACAUAACACUUUUAUGCACAUGAAUAUCUGUUAAAAAAUGGUUAGAGACAAAACAUAGAUUGGUUUUGCACCCCUAAAACGAUCAUGAGUAACACAUGUUGGGGAAAAAAACAUCAUGAGUUGCAGAAUAUUAAAAACUUGUGAAGUGUCUAAUCAUUGUAUAAAAGAAAAUAUGUUAUAUAGGAGAACACUUUUGAGGGCAUCCAAAAUGACAUAUGAAGGGUGAUAAAUAGUCUGAUCGCAUUUACAAUUUGUAUCUCCAACCAAUAAUAAAGUU